GUCAUGGAGCUGGUGCGAGAAGUGAACGACAUGGAGGGCACGGCGCAGGAGUUGCAAGUGCGAGCCCGGAAAGUCUUCGAAGGCAUUCUGCCGAACCUUUUCAUCGGCUGGAUUCCACCUCUCUGGAAGAAGUAUUUCCAGCCCAAUGCACCUCAGUGGCUCAGCAACUAUUCCUUCUUCCUCGUUUUCUACUUGCUCUUCCCGUGGCUCAUGGGGCCCAUGGAAGGGGAUGACCACGUGGAUGUCGAGGUCCCUCAGAGCUGGCGAAGCGUUUUGCCUUUCUUGCCUGAGUCAGUGCGGGUUCCGCAGACGGUCAAGGCAGAGAGGUGCCGAUUCUUGGAGAGUGCGAACUGUGCUUCCGUCUGCGUGAACACUUGCAAGGUACCCUCGCAGGGGUGGUUGACUGACGACUUCGGAAUGAAGCUGCAUAUCCAGCCGAACUACGACGAUUUCAGUUGCCGCUGGAAGUUCGGAGUGGAGGCGCCGCCUUUGGAGGAGGAUGAGGCUGUGAUGGUGCCGUGCUUCACCACCUGCCCGUCCGAGUGCGACCCCCAUCUGGACGCUUUGAGCAUGCGGCAGAAGCUGCGUGCUGAUGCAGAGGCAGCUGAGCUGGAGGCAUCCAACGACCAUGGGAUGAAGCCGGAAGUUGAUCUUGAACGCAAAGGGCUUUCGGACUACGGCACGACCAAACUCCCAAAAUCCAAGUCUGGAUGGGCGUCGGAGGAACUUUUCCUCUUGACGGGCCUCGUAUGCAUCAUCUUCAGCACCAUCGCUUCAACCUACUACUACUGGGCCCUGCUGCCUGCGUGGGAGGCCGAUGAAUCACUGGGGUGGACGAAAUCCACGACGACGCUCAUCAGCUGGAGUAGCACGGUGGCCGAGGCUGUCGGACUCCUUGUGGCAGGGCCUCUCUCAGACUACAUUGAGCCUCUCCAGCUCAUCCUCUUCGAGACAUGCCUGGCCUUGAUCGGUGUGUUCGUGGGCUCCCAAAUCGUGACGACUGCCGAGGGCCUCGUGCUGAACGUGUUCAUCGUUGCCUUCUUCAAAGGCAUCUUGUGGCCUGCAGUUGGAGCCACGGUCUUCAAAAUGAUCCCUCGGGAAAGGCAGGAUAUCUUCAUCUUCUGUGGGGCGCUGGCCAGUCGAUUCGCAGGAUCUUUUGGUGAUUUUUUCAUCGGCUUCCUGUUGAACUGCGGAAUGAGCUGGCGAUCUUCCUUGCUCUUCGUGGUUGGUAUAGAUUUCACGAUGGUGCUGGUGACCUUGUUCUGUCUUCAGAGGACCAGUGUGGAAAGCAACUUUGCGCUUGGACGCGAUGGUGCUGCCGAUCCCGAUGCCUCGCCCGUUUGGACAACCAACUACAGCAUCAAGUGGCGUCGCCUGAUCUUCGACGCCGGGGGAUGGAUGGCCCUGCUGACGCUGGCUGGCUCGGGACAAAUCUACAGCUUGCUGAGUUAUCUGGCCCUGUUGCUGAAAGAGCACUUCAACCUCAACAGCGGCCAGGCCGCCAUGGGGGCCUCCUCUUUGAUGUUCGGCAUCUUCCUGGGCCUGCUCUCAGCAGGCCUGGUUUCAUUGUACUACGGCAAGGACGUCGGCCGCAAGUAUCAGGUGUGGCAGGCACGUCGUGUCAGUAUCCUCUUCGCUUCACUACUUUGCCUUUUCCCAACGAAGAGCCUGCUGCUGACAGAGAUCUGCCUGGCCUUCACCGGCAUUGGAGUUGGACCUUUCUGUUAUCUGCCUUACUUCGCAUACAGCUCUCUGGUGCCGAAGUCGCAGCGCGCUUUUUGCCUCGGCGUUAUCGACUGCCUGGCCCAGGCGGUGCAGGUCAUAGUGAGGGCGUACUUCGGGCAACUCCGGAUUGUCCAGCCGCUCCGAGCAGGCACACAGAAGGCGCUAUUCGCUGCAUGCGAAGAGCACCUGGAGCUAAAGUUCCUGGAUGGAGAAUGGCGCCCUCAGGGAAUGGCCCUGGUAAGGGUCGAGGAGCGCGAAGAUCUGGCCCGGUCGGUGGAGUGGUUUAACGCCACAAUCGUGGCCGUCUCACCUCCAGUGGUGGCUCGACGAGGGCGAAGGUUCUGCGGAGCAGAGGGGCAUGCAGAGGUCGAGUUCCACCUCGAGCUUUUUGAAGAUGUGGCUGAGAAAAAGGGCCACAAGGAGGAGCAGGUUCGAACGGAUAAGCGCAACGGCCGCCGGGGCAAGUCACCUGAGCGACGUGGCCCCGUCGCGGAAGCCGCUUUGGAUGCUUUUCCCCAUUUGCAGCGGUAUCUCAUGGCUUCUCCAUAUUCCGGAAUGGCACAGGACCCCGGUGCAGGAGUCAAGGUUGCCCUGGGAGAGGACGGCUCCUCAUCAGAAUCGUCCCUUUGCGAACUCGUCUUUGCAAAAGAUGCGAACGCUGCUCGCACGGGACGGGCUCGUCUUCCGCACACGGGACGGCAGGGCGAUUCAAGCCACCUUCUGACCAUCCUGGCGCCGGAGUUCCGGCAGAAGCUGGGGCUGACGAGCUGUGCCCUGGGAAAAGGCGAGCCACUUGGAGGACCGGCCGAGGAAGGAGAGGCAGAAGUCGUCGACUACCUGCAGGAAGAUGCCAUCGCCGCGGCGAUGAAGGCGGCUUAUCGUCGAGGCAUGGUGGCUCCGGUGGAUGAGCGUGCGAUCCCGCGCGAUUCUCAGGGGCACCCCAUCACGCGCUUCAUCAGCAACCUCGAAGCUUUGCCUGGGGAUCAGGACUUCUUGCACUAUGUGGCCCAGCUGGGGCUCCUCCUUCUUGAAGAGGGCCAGGCCCUUUUGGUGGAGUCCGAGGAUCUCACCAGUGCCUUCAACUUCGAUGUAUGGCUGCCUUACUUCCGUUCUCUAUGA